CUCUCUCUCAAAAGUCUCAGCUGUGCAGGCGCCGUACUCAUCGACCAUGGCUUCACUGGCUCUCUUCUCCACAUUCAAAGGCCCUGAAAUCCCCAAAUCUCAAGCUCUAUUUUCUGCUUCCAGACCUUCGACCAAGCCAUUCAUAAUUUCUUUUCCACUUAGGUCUCAGAGGAAAAUCUCGAGCAUCUCUGCUUCGGUCUCGACUCAGGAGGUUCUCACCAGUCCGGAUGAUCUCGUCACGUCGAUUCUCUCCAAGGUGACUGAAACAGAUAGAGGAGUAUUGCUACCAAAAGAAGGGCACUGUGAAGUUGCAGAGGUGGCCCAGCAAUUGAAGGAGUACUGUGUUGACAAGCCUGUGACAUGCCCACUUAUAUUUGGAGAGUGGGACGUAGUCUACUGUUCACGGCCAACUUCACCUGGGGGUGGCUUCCGGAGUGGAUUGGGUCGCCUUGUGUUCAAAACAAAUGACAUGAUACAGGAAGUCGAAGCUCCAGACAUUGUGAAAAACAAGGUGUCCUUUUCUUUAUUUGGGUUCGUUGAUGGAUGGGUUUCAUUAAAAGGUAAACUGAAGGCCUUGGAUGAUAAAUGGAUUCAAGUAGUAUUUGAGCCCCCUGAGCUGAAACUUGGGCCAUUGGAAUUCCAAUAUGGUGGUGAAAGUGAGGUUAAACUAGAGAUCACCUACGUAGAUGAGAAGAUUAGGUUGGGGAAAGGGUCUAGAGGUUCCCUCUUUGUCUUCCAAAGACGCAUAUAAGCUCUUCUGAACAUUGGCCAUGAAACAAGGGUAACAACCACAAUGGUCAAGUUCAUUUUUUGUCCCAUAAUUGCAUUGUGUCUUGAUAAACCUGUGUAUAUCUGUGAACUGAUCAACAUGAAUUACAAAUAUUUUCUGUACUA